UAUAAGCUCCAGAGAUGCAGUAGUUAAGUUAAAUAUAUAUUUUUUUAAAUCUGUUUUCUGUUAACCUAAAGAUUAUGUAUGACAGAAACCAAACGCCAGUCUCUGAGAUAAUUCUCCUUGGAUUCCCGGAUCUUUACAAAUUCAACAGCAUAAUUUUCAUUCUGCUGCUUAUUAUUUAUUUAGUGACAAUUAAUGGAAAUCUCUUGAUCAUCACUUUGGUAGCAAACACCAAGAAGCUCCAGUCUCCCAUGUACUUCUUCCUCACCCAGCUCUCCAUAUCGGACAUACUACUGACAACAGAUGUUGCCCCCAACACACUUGCCAUUGUAAUGAAUGGGGGGACUGUUAUGUCCCUUGUUGGUUGUAUCAUUCAGUUUUAUAUCUUCGGUGCUUCUGAAUCUUUAGAAUGCUUUAUAUUAACUGUGAUGGCUUAUGACCGGUACCUGGCUAUCUGUAAUCCUCUCCGAUAUUCCUCUAUAAUGAACUAUCCAAUGUUUCUAAACUUGAUCCUUCUUUCUUGGCUCUUGGGCUUUUCCUUUAUAUUAGUAACCACUAUAAUGAUGUCUACCUUGGACUUCUGUGGGCCUCAUGUCAUCGAUCAUUUCUUCUGUGAUAUGGAGCCCAUUCUGGAACUAUCUUGUUCAGAUACAAACACUGUUCGCUUGGAGGCCCUGUUACUAAGUGUCCCUGUAAUGGUACUCCCGCUAAUGAUAACGCUAACAUCAUAUGGAUGCAUCGUUCAAGCUAUCCUCAAAAUUUCCUCCAAUAUCGGCAGACAGAAGUCCUUCUCAACUUGCAGUUCCCAUCUGACUGUGGUUUGCAUGUUUUAUGGAACUCUUAUUGGCAUUUACAUGCUUCCAAAAAACAGUUCAUCUUUAAAUAUAACUAAAGUGAUUUCCCUGUUGUACACUGUGGUGACGCCAAUGCUCAAUCCUAUCAUAUACAGUCUAAGAAAUAAAGAUAUCAAAGAAGCUGCCAAAGCUAUAUUAUUGACCAAUAAACCCAUAAAUAAAGGGCGGCAGCAUUGA